AUGACUUGCGUUUCAAGUGCCACUCUUACCGAAUCAAAGCCAAUCUGUUCAUCUAUCUUCAACUUUUACCUCGCUUCACUUCUUGGCUUCUUCGUUUGUGUUUGCAUCCUCACUCGUCAAGCUGUCUGUUCACGGCCAGCCAUGAUUUACCAUCAUUCAAGCAACCCAUUUUUCUUGGGAACUACUUUCGCCUUACUAUGUUCACAACCACCUGCGGUCGUCUUUGGAGCUAACAAUCAAUCACAUCCAUCUAACGUGAAUAUAGCCGACCUUUUGGAUUUACCUUUACCACCUAUUCAACCUACUUGUCCCAACUUAAUCUUUUGUCCGGGUCAUAAUCAAAUCCUUCAAACUGUACAAUUAUCUAAAAUCUUUCCAGAUGAUAAAACGUUUGUUGAUCGACCAUCAAGAUUUCCGGUUGAUGAAUUAUUGAAAUCUUUUGAAAAUUUAACUCAAGAUCGUGGGAAUUUUACAAAAACUGCUCUUUUUGAAUGGGUCACUAAUCAUUUUAGCGCUGAAGGUCAAGACUUGAGUCCAGCAAACAUUACCGAUUUUAAACCAGACCUUCCGUUUUUUUCAAGAGUUCCUGAUCCAUCUAUUCGAGGAUGGCUCAAGAUUGUACACAGUUAUUGGACCAAACUUGCACGUAACAGUGUGAUCAACAAAGAAUGUCCGACUUGUGAAUCUAGUCAAAUCCCUCUGAACGUGUGUUCUAUAAUUCCGGGAAAAUUACUACUGGGAAAAAUUUCUUCAAAUAAAUCACUGAGACUUCUUUUUUACUGUUUUUUUUUUCUCCAGGAAGGACUUUUACAUUCAGAGAUUUAUAGUCUAGCCAAAUUCACACUACUUAAUUUUUUAGAUGAGAUUGAAAGAUUUGGAUUUAUUCCUAAUGGAGCUCGUCUUUAUUAUUUAAAUCGAUCACAACCUCCUUUAUUUACUCAGAUGUUGCAUUUAUAUGUAACCACCACGAAUGAUAUUUCCCUCUUGCCUCGUGCUCUACCGCUCGUGGAAAAAGAAAUCAGUUGGUGGCAUGAGAAUAGAUUAGAAUCAGUUAAUUCGCCAUUCACCUCAAGGAAACAUGAUGUUUAUCAAUACCGUGUCAAGAACUCGGCUCCUCGUCCAGAAGGAUAUCAUAUUGAUUUUGAAGUAGUCUGGGGAGAAAUUAAAAACCCUACUGAUUAUCUUCCUUCAAGAAACUUAUCUUCCAAUGAUCGUGAUUUACUCUAUUCACAAUUGGCAUCAGGCGCAGAAUCAGGCCUUGAUUAUUCGGGUUCUAGGUGGGCAAAAGUACCUACAGCGGACACGGUUAUCAACGCUCCAAUUUUGAGAACUUUGAACAUCGUCAACAUUCUUCCGAUUGACCUAAACUCGAUCAUGUACAAAAACUUUAUUGCCUUAAGUGAACUGUACCAAAGAGAAAUAGAACCAUCUAAUGAAAAAGUUCAAUAUUGGUCAGGUCGUGCUAAAGAUCUUAAAGAAGCUAUCGUUGAUUUAUUUUGGGAUGAGAACCGAUUAGGGUUUUAUGAUUUUAAUCAAACUUCUAAUUCUCGUAGUCUGAUUUGGUCUCCUGCAAGUUAUGCACCUUAUUGGGCAGGGAUUUAUCCUGAUUCGAUGAUUAAUGAUGAAGCUAUCGCUCAAAAAGCUCUUGCUGGUCCUGCUUACCUUGCUACUCGAUUCAACGGUUCUGUACCUGCAAGUCUAAUCCCAACAGGACUUCAAUGGGACUUUCCCAAUGUAUGGCCACCUCACGUUUACAUCGUUUUACAAGCCUAUAAAAACUUACCUGAAAGUAUCUCAAAAGGAAACUUUACAAGCUUUAUAGAAAAAGCCUCAAACUUUAAUUACUUACCAUCUAAUCAUUUUGGACUAAAUGAAGAUGAGUUACCUAACCAACCUAAGAGUGAUGGGACUGGAAUCGUUUUCAAUAAUUUGACGUUUGGUGAAUUAGGAAAUGUUGGAAAUCUAAAGAAUGUGAAUGAGAAAAGUUGGAGUGAAGGAAUGGUUGAAACUAUUGCUCAUAGAUUGAUUGCUAGUUCGUUUUGUUCUUGGUAUGCUACGGGUGGAAGUGUUCCUGGUGUAGUACCUGAACUUUCUGCUGAGUCUUUAGAUCGAGCUGGAAGUAUUGGAAAAUCAGGUCACAUGUUUGAAAAAUUCAAUGUUACCAAUGUUAAUGCCGCAGGUGGUGGUGGUGAAUAUUCAGUACAAGAUGGAUUCGGUUGGACUAAUGGAAUCAUUUUGACUUUUUCACAUUGGCUUGCUGAUAAACUUGAUACCAAACCUAUAUGUCCAGGCCAUGAGAUCUUUGAUAGCAUAUUACCAGAAAGCUUGACAUAA